AUGCAGGCGAAUAUACUCGGCCAACUCGAAACUGCGGGCACUGAAUAUUUCGAAGGGUUCGUCGCAGUACCCGGCACCCGAGCUAGGAUAGAGACAUUUCCCGAGUUUGUCCCGGUUGUGACUGCAACUGCCAUCAAUGUCGACAGCCCAUACGUUCAUGUUGUACUCAAUGAGGAGACAUUCCUUGACGCAACAGUCCAGCUCAUGACUCCAGACAACGGCGUGAGCCAUAACUUCAACAAAUAUCAUUUGGCCUGUUCACCUAUUUACAUAUCGGUAGUUGAUUCACAUUACAUCCGUGGUCAUCUGAUAGUCACUGCGGACGCCAUUCAUGCUGCGCUACAAGCGGCCCGUUUUUCCUUCGCGACCAACGAUUGGCGGUACGUGGCCAUGACACUCGAGGAAAGGAUCUUCGUUGGAGAAGGGGAGAUCUUUGUCGGACAAGACGGUCGCGUGUACAUCACAUACACUGUGAACGAAGAAUACUACUGGGAAUAA